ACUCCCUUGUUCAAUAGUCUAAUUGUGUCACGUACUCUUUGCAUUAAAACGAAAUAAUUAUACUAUUAUCGUCAUGCGUGUUAUCUUUUGGAUUGCAUUGGUCUUGACCACUGUUGUGACUGUCUCCGGACAAAGGAGUUGGUGGCCUUGGCCAAGGGAAGGGGGCAUGAAAAAUCCAAGAUGCAUUAGUUGCACAGAGGUUAAAGAAGCUCAUUUGUGUGAAAACUGCUGCAAAGUGUCAGUGUGUGAUCCGGAUCCUUGCAAAAAUGAUGGUAUGUGUUCACCAGCCGAUAACGGUUACAUCUGUAGUUGUACUCCUGGGUAUUUAGGAGAAAACUGUGACGUGAACGUAUGUCUACCUAACCCAUGUAAAAAUGAUGGUACUUGUUCACCAGUUGAUAACGGUUACAGCUGUAAUUGUACUACAGGAUAUUUAGGAAAAAACUGUGACGUAAAUCGCUGUGAUGUAUACAACCCCUGUAUAAAUAAUGGCACGUGUUAUCCAUCAGAAUUUGUUGUAAAUUGUAGCUGUCCUCCUGGAUUUAUAGGGGCCUUUUGCCAAGUAAAUCCCUGUGAUGCAUACAACCCCUGUGUAAAUAAUGGCACAUGUUAUCCAUCAGAAUUUGUUGUGAAUUGUAGCUGUCUUCCUGGAUUUAUAGGGGCCUAUUGUGAAGUUGAUUUAUGUGACCCGAGUCCAUGUAACGAGGUCGGGGAUACAUGUUUUCGUGUUGAUGGUGGAUUUGAAUGUCGAUGUACUAAUAUUGUAAAUGAUGGAAUUAUAACAUCACCGAAUUACCCACAAUAUUAUCCAGGUGGCUUUGGGAAGUGCUAUGUUAUAAUUGGCCGACCUGGACAGAAUAUCACCUUAACUCUUGACGCACAGUAUGGCAUUGAACUUGCUGCUGAAGAUUGCGAUGUUGAAUUACGUACUGGUGUAUUUUGUGUAUUUGAUUAUCUAAAGCUUCAGGGAGUAAGAUAUUGUGGUGGGGUACCGCCAGAUCCUAUCGUAGUACCGACUGGUGAAAACACCACCGUGCGAUUUACAUCAGAUUACGAGGAUUCAUGCAUUGGUUUUAACCUAAGCAUUACCUACACAGAUGUAUAAAGCCAAGAGAUCAAGAGAUGUAUACAUUCAAGAUAUCAACAGUAAGACAGUCGUGUUGUAUUCUUCAUAAACAAAUAUA